AUGCUGGACUGGAGACUGGCAAGUGCACAUUUCAUCCUGGCUGUGUCUUUGAUAUUGUGGAGCUCAGGAAAAGUGCUCUCAGUGGAUGCAGCAACAGAGGCCUUUGAUUCUGGAGUCACAGAUUUGCAGUCACCACCCACAGUCCGAGAAGAGAAGUCAGCCACUGACCUGGCUGCAAAACUCUUGCUCCUUGAUGAGCUGGUAUCUUUGGAGAACGACGUGACAGAGACAAAGAAGAAAAGGAGCUUUUCUGGCUUUGGGUCUCCCCUAGACAGGCUCUCAGCGGGCUCUGCAGAUAAAGUUAAACAGAGGAAAGUAGUAGCUCAUCCAAAAAGACGAUUUGGCAUCCCCGUGGAUCGGAUUGGUAGAAACCGGCUUUCAAAUUCUAGAGGCUAA